UGUUGUAAAACAGGAAACGGUGAGAGGCGUUAGCAUCAGCAGCAGUAGUUAGCCUGUUGGCUACCAGCAGCACAAACUGAAACAAAAUCACAGCAAAGACAAUCUGAGGAAGAGAACAGAACCGGUUGAGUGCUUUCAUCGGUGGGACCGACAUGUCAGAGACAUACGAUUUCCUGUUUAAGUUCCUGGUGAUUGGCAGCGCUGGGACUGGGAAAUCAUGCCUACUCCACCAGUUCAUAGAGAACAAGUUCAAACAGGACUCCAACCACACCAUCGGUGUUGAAUUCGGAUCCAGGGUUGUCAACGUCGGCGGCAAGACAGUCAAACUGCAGAUCUGGGACACAGCCGGACAGGAGCGUUUUAGGUCAGUCACCCGCAGUUACUAUCGUGGAGCAGCCGGGGCUCUUCUAGUGUACGACAUCACAAGUCGUGAGACCUACAAUGCUCUGACUAACUGGCUGACGGAUGCACGGACGCUGGCCAGUCCCAACAUCGCCAUCAUUCUGUGCGGAAAUAAGAAAGAUCUGGAUGCAGAUCGUGAGGUCACCUUUCUGGAAGCCUCUCGCUUUGCCCAGGAGAACGAGCUGAUGUUUUUGGAGACGAGUGCUUUAACUGGGGAGAACGUAGAGGAGGCCUUUCUCAAAUGUGCUCGCACCAUCCUCAGCAAGAUCGAGUCAGGUGAGUUAGACCCGGAGCGGAUGGGUUCUGGGAUCCAGUAUGGCGACGCGUCCCUGAGGCAGCUCAGACAGCCCCGGGGUUCUGCUGCACAGACCAAGCAGCAGUGUAACUGCUAGGGGUCCGGACGCCCUGACCGCUACCUGACUCCAUCCUUCCACACCCAACCUCCCCUCACUCAGCUUCAGGUGUUUCUGGGUAUGCUCGGAUCCUACCACACCCAGACACAUCUGGAUCAUUUUCUCUGAAGUCCAACUUAACCUCUGACCUCAGAAAUAAAGCCCUCGGCCUAGGACAGAUCUCCCCGGACUCUUUGAGCCGGGCUGGGACACGGGCAAUAGAGGUGAAUACUGAUCUGACUGACAGACUGUGUGUAUUUUACUUAUCAUGUGAUCCUCACAGUUCAUUCUUAAAAGGUAAACAGCCAUCAACUAGACUUCACUGGACUGGGUUAAAUCAUUCAACAAACCAGUAGAUACAUUUCACAGUUUUUAAAAACCAUUGUUACAGCAUUUCAUACAUCAACACAUCUGACUGUUUUCGUGUUUAUUUGAAUGUUCCCCCUGUUGUUUUAUUGCCAUGUUCCCAAAUGGUAGAUGACAAACCAAAUUAGCAGUUGUUUCGAUACUGAUAUCUACUUUUUGGGUUAAAACUGCUAUACACCCUGUUGCAUUGGACAUGCAUCUAUAAGACAUCUGCUGUCAGAGCUCUUGAAAGCACAAAAGAGCUGAUGGGUAUAAAGGAACAUCUGUUAGGACUUUGACAUUUGGUUGCUGCUAUCAGGAGCAUAUCAGAUGUUCACCGCUGCCCUGACUUGGGUUGGAGGUUAUCAUCCAUCUUAACAUCAGUCGUACUCCACGUGGACCUCCGACUUUCACACAUGUUGGUUGAAUAUAUUUAUUGACGUUUAAGUUUUGUGAGUUCCAUUCAUAAGGAAUAUCUAGAUUUUAAAUGCAUUUUCGUUAAACAAAGAUUUUAUGUCUCCAUUAGGUCAUUCGUUUGAUUGCUUAAAACUUAAAGUUGCACGAAAACAGUCGAGGUAUCAGGGUCAUAUUUCAUCCCAAAAUAUACAUGUAUAUAUUGCUUAAAGAAUAUGAAAAUAUUUUUGACGCCACUGGUUCUUUUUGCGUUGUGACAGAUUUAAACCCCCUUUUCUCAAGUCUCAGCAGCUCAUUUCUGUAAUGCGAAAAUAAUAUAUUGUUUAAUUUUGAAAUGUUAAAGUUGUAACUUUACAUAGUAGUAGUUUUAUUAUAUGUUGCUGAUAAUUGUUUUUUUCUUGCAAUGAUGACAAUUACAGUAAUAAGAAUGUUACAAUGCAAAAUAAUAAUUGUCCUUUAAGAUUGGCUUUAUAUUCUUUUUUAUUUUGAGGUGAAACUUGGCCCAUUUCAUAAGAUUCACCAAGUUUCAUACAAUUUAUUUAGACACCACAAGGAAUAGUUCACUAAAAAAUGAAAAUUCUUUCAUCAUUUUCUCGCCUUCUUUCUUCUGCAAAACACAAACGAAGAUACUUUGAAGAAUGUUGGUAACUGAACAAUGUUGGUGGUAUGAACACAAAUCCAAUGCAAAUCAAUGGUUGCCGGUUAACAACCCUCUUCAAAAUAUCAUUUUUUGUGUGUGUGUUCUGCAAAAGGAAAAAAGUCAUACAGGUUUGAAAUGGCAAGAGGGUGAGUAAAUGUUGACAGAAUUUUCAUUUUUAGGUGAACUACCACUUUAAAGUGGGUUUUCCAUCAGAUCUGUUUAAACUGAGACCUUGACAUUACUCUCAAUUACCGUCACGUUUUAGAGUUUUUUCUUUGCUUGUCGUUUGCUCUGGUUACCCAUGACAGAGAGAUCUAGAGGUGAUGGCCAGCACAGCCCUCCGCUCAAUGAUAGCAUCAUUAUGCACCACAGACAGAGCCGUCUCCCUUUUUAUUUCUCUUGAUUUUUCUCUCUGCAAGUGCACUUUUUUUGACUGUUUUUAAACGGUACCUAUAGAAUUGUAAAAUUUAUAGUAAUUUAAUGAUAUUAAAUGAGAGAGUAUAUUGUUUGAGGAGUGAUCAUUCCUUACUGAAGACUAGUCUGACAUCAUUUCAGUGCUGUGAAGUGCUGUUUUCUCAUCACGACAGCUGUGGACGUUCUGUUAGUCGUAAAUGUGAGGAGGGUGGAGACGUCCACAUCUCCUCAAGCGCGAAGCCUUAACAGACUAACCAUACGAUUGUUCACAUUAGAUCAUCGCUGUAUUAUGCUUUCAUUAGUGUGUGAGCUCUUUUAAAAUGCACAUUUACUGUGACCUGCACUUUGCUGAGGUUUUUAUUUGUUGCUUUAACCGCAGUCAGUUCUGUUUUCUGUACAGGUUAAGCUAUAUCAACAAAUCUGCCGCAUGCUUUCGAUUACCAACGAAAAUGAUCUCUCCAAAAAUGCGUUUCAGAUAUUUUCCGUGCGUCGACAGCACGUGACAGAUGAGUUGUCAGCUCAACUUGAGCACUGGAGCAUUCCUCUAAUGUUGAUGAUAUAUGCACUCUUUAGUCAAUUUACAAUUGUUCCCCCUUUACAUUUGCAUGGUGAAGCUUUGUGAGCUCUCAUAGGUAUGUGGUACAUGAUGUUAGAAGAACUCCACUGCCCAGGUCUUCUGACAUUUGAUGGGAUUUGGUAGCAUUUCAUAACCAAAAUCAAUUUGAAACACUUCAGUGCAUUUGAAGGGUAGUUCAAAAUACUGCGUAAAAUCAGUUGUUGCUUAGUAACCGGUGUGAUUUGUUUAUUCAUAAAUACUGUAAAUCUGAAUCAUUAUGCUGUAAAUAAGAUUGAAAUUGUCUAUUGGAGUUGUUAGGGGGUGGGUGCUUGUUAAUUUUAAAGAUGACGAAUUAAAGAUUGCUUGUUUUUUAUGUUACGUGAA